AACUCCCAAAAUUUGGGACGCAACUUCUUCCGUUCCCUUACUUUUUCAGAAUUGUUUGGACGUUAGGAUGAAUUUCUUCAGAAGGGUUGAUUAUAUACUGGAUUGGGAAGCUAGGAAGGUGAUGGAGUCACUGUGUCUGGAGCCACUUGUUAAGGAAAGACUGGAUGUGGCACUUAGCGGUGGCUGGUGACGUGGUGCUGGCAAGUCACAGGUUGGACUCGAAGAUCUCAGAGGUCUUCUCCCACCUCAUUGAUUCUGUGAAUUUUGAUUCUGCCUCUGAGGUCUCUUUCCCUCUGGCUUUAUGGAAAGGAUUAUAUUGGCUGGUGAUAAAGGAUUAUUCCCUUGUCUCAUACCUGGUGAUGUCAGUGUAGCUUUAUUUGUUGUGUACUUCUGUGGUGCUCCAGUUUGUACCACGAAUUUCUGAAGUAUGUACAGUGAAAAAAUUAAGGCUCCUUCCUGUGUAGUGCAGCUGUCACAACCCUCAGAAGCAGGGGCAAUAAAUUGUCCAACAGUAUUAGCUAUACUUAAAGAAAACACGGAAAUUUUAUCUUUAUUUUGUGUCAGACAGGAGUGCAGCUUGCACACACUUCCCAGUUUUAUAUUUUCUGGAAGGUUUUUAUGGGAGGCAGGCAUCCCAGCAAGAAAGGCUGUGAUUAAGUUGGCUGAAGGCUAUCAGGUGCAUGAGGGUAGGUUUGCCAUUACACUAGAUCUGCUCAGAAUUUUGCAAAAGCUAGAUUUUCUUAAGGUGAAAUAUCCUGAGCAAAUCCUAGUCACAGAUCACUUUCAAACACUUCUUAAAAGUGUUAAAAAACUAUGUCAGAUAGGUUUAAAACAAUUAAGGAUCAGAUCACAAGUUAGAUGAUGAAUUUGUUACAAAAGGCUGGAAUGUUACAGUUUCUAUUUUCAGGGUUUCUAGGACUUUUCUAGAUGCUGCUUCAGGAUCAAGUACCAUUAUAACAUGGAAAUAAACAACAUGAUAAUUGAAUAUGUCUUAAAAAAAAAGCACAGUGAAACAGGCUCUGGUUUCCAUCACCUGAGGUUUCUCAUUCAUGGGAGGAAAUGAAACCAGGCACAUGUGCUAAUUCCUAGUUGUGAAACAGUGGAUGCUGACACGUGCAUGAGAAAUUGGACAGCUCUUGGGAAGGUGGAGUAACAGAGGAAUAGCCACCCUGCUGACCCUUACCUGUCUGUGGCCACCUUUCUCCAUCCUCCUCUUUUCCAUGAAUUCUCCCAGUCCUCAUUUGCAGUGAGGGCUGUGGAGGGGAAAUCAAUAACGAUGGGGCAGAAGUAAAUUCUAACUAAGGGAAACAAGAAUGGUGCAAGCAUGGAGUGAUGCUUCUGUGAUGUACUGUCCCUGUUGGUGUUCAUGUGGGGGUCAGAAUCAUGCUGAGCAAAGGGUUGUGAUUUGAUUUUAAUACCCCUGGUAGUUUUCUGUGAACUUUUCCAGUUGCCUCUUAAAUUCACAUAACAUGUGAAUUUAAUGGACAGCAGCCUGUGACAAAGGGUUCCACUGGCUGGUGAGAUGUUUUCAACCUUUGUCCUUUGUCAUCUUCAGGUGGUUGAGGGAUAUAGAAUUUUUGGAGGAAAACAUAUGAAUUUAGUAGCAAUUUGGUGAAUUACUUAAAGCAGCUUUGAAUAGAUGCUUAAAAAAGAUAUGUAGAGGUAGCUCUAAAAGCACUGCCAUAUCUUUCUUCAACCUCUAAAUGUAUAAGUGCAUAUCAAAUUUACCACUUGACUCCUUGUGUAAAGGUGUAUUGUUUUGAGAACUGGGUAAAGUAGAUUUAGUAAACUUUUUUUUUGUUAAUACAUUUUCAGGUAAUGCUGACUGUUCUGUUACAGUAUGUGUAUUAUACAUCUCUUGACAUAUGUAUGGUCUUCCAAAGUAAUUUUCUUUUAUUAGCUCUGGUUUUUAGAUAGCUUUCUGAUUCUGCUGUUAGGAGGCUGAGAAAAAAGUUCAUAUUUUCACUGGGUGGAUUUUUAAGAUGAAGGUAACAAAACCUAACUGGUGCCAAGAUCUUCAGCUCAACACAAUUUCUACCUUGCAUGAUUUCGUAGUUUGUUGAGAGAAUUGGCUUGUUUCACUAGAACCUUGUCUUCUGUUACAGAGUGUAUUUCUCUAAAUACAAGUAGGGCUCUUGAAGAAAGUUUUGUUCAAGAUUUCUGCAAAUAUUUAUUUACAUACAGAAUAGACAUAAAAGUUGAAAGAAUACCUCUAAAGAUGUCUUCAUCAUUUGCUUUGUCUGUUGUCUAUGCAUACAUGCUGUUAGUGGUAUUUAUGUUCUUCGUCCUCAGUUGUAGGAGCAAAGAACUGUGAUGAGAUUGGACACUGAAAAUCUUAAUGCUUUGGAAAUAGAGCUGUGGUUGUGCUGUGCUUCGUUCCUGAAGUGUUCUGAGCAGAGGAGAUUAUGGAUUAAUCAAGCAUAGCAAAUGAGGGGAAUGAUGGAGUUCAAAGUCAAAGGUUGCGUAAAGCUGAGUUACUCCUGUACUGUGCAGACAGAUAACAUGUUUUCCCAUUUUAAACACCUCAAGUGAUGUGACUUCCUGAACUUCACUUAAAGAACACAGAAACAUUUAAAUAUCUCUGUUAUCCUAGUUUUCCUUUGAGUAUCUUUUGAGUAACCUCCCUUGGCUAUGUUCAGGCCUUUCCAAUAUGGCCUCACAAAAAGAGCUGAAGUGUGUUUAUACUCGGUAAAUAUGUUUAUUAACUUUUUCUGUUUGUUCUUAUCAGAUAGCUCAACAUGAACUUUAACCAUCGAGAUCAUUUAAAAAGUGAACAGAAUAAUAUCUUUUCUUCAGAGAGCUGGCUGCGUGACUCUGGGUUUCUCCUGCAGUGCAGUCCUAUUCACUGCCUUUUCCUGAAACAGGACAUGGAGCUAUGUUCCUUUCUUCAUGUUAGGUGCUAAGGAAGUUACUUGUUUCAUCAGGGGAAAUGCAGAUCCAUGAAAUUACAUUUUGUGCAAGUUGUUGUUAACUCAGUUGGCAAUGUCUAUGAUUUUAUCUGCUUCUGUGGUCCGUGUGAGGGAUGGACUCCCACUUUCUGCAUCUACUGAUUAUGACCAGAGCACGGGAAUGCAAGAAUGUAGAAAAUAUUUUAAAAUGCUCUCAAAAAAACUUUCUCAGCUUCCUGAUAGAUGUACUCUGAAAACUGGACAGUAUAAUAUAAACUUUAUAAGUUCUCUGGGAGUAAGCUAUAUGAUGCUGUGCACUGAAAAUUAUCCCAGUGUCCUGGCUUUCUGUUUCCUGGAUGAGCUUCAGAAGGAGUUCAUCACUACCUACAAUAUGAUGAAGACGAAUACUGCUAUCAGACCAUACUGUUUUAUAGAGUUUGAUAAUUUCAUUCAGAGGACCAAACAGAGAUACAACAAUACACGUUCUUUGUCAACAAAGAUGAAUCUUGCUGAUAUGCAGACAGAAAUCAAACUGAGACCACCAUAUCAAAUUUCUGUGUCAGAACUUGGUUCAGCCAAUGGCUUUUCUCAUAUACCUGUGGGGGAGUAUAAGGGUACUGGUAAGAUAUCUGCAGCUCCUCAUCAGCGUCUGGAACCUGUGACUCUGCCAGGGAUUGUCUCAUUUGUGCUUAGUCUGUUAUGUGGAGCUUUGAAUUUAAUCCGUGGCUUCCAUGCCAUAGAAAGCCUUCUCCAGAAUGAAGGUGAAGAUUUCAGCUAUGUUAUUGCAUUUUUUCUUGGAACAGCAGCCUGUUUGUACCAGUGUUACCUGUUUGUGUACUACACAGGCUGGAGGAAUGCCAAAUCCUUCCUGACCUUUGGGUUGAUCUGCCUGUGUAACAUGUACCUGUAUGAACUGCGCAACCUGUGGCAGCUCUUCUUCCAUGUGACUGUGGGAGCUUUUUCCACCUUACAGAUCCGACUGCGACAACCCCAGGGAAAGUCUCCUGAUUACAAUGUCUGACAAGUCCUGGAACAUUGAGACCAAGUCUUGUUCCAGUAGUUACUCUCAGGAAUGUAAAGCUGUUCUCCAAAAGAAGAAGCUGUCUGAAUGGGGCUUUUUUUUUUUUUUCUUUUCUUUCUAAUAUAUCAAUGUAAGAUGCCUAUGGACAUUUUACACUUGGUGGUUGAACCUUUUUUUAAUUAUUUUUUUAUUUUCUUGAAAAGGACACAAAAGAAUAUGGGACUAGAGGAGGAAAGUGAAACAUAUCCAUGCAGUGAAAUGUAUAUGUAGAAUAUGACUGGUGGCAUAAAAAAAGCUUCAUUCAUACAUUCCUGGAGAUAAUCUGAUGUGGAACUAUCUGAUGGUAUUGCAUGAUCACAUUAUCUGAUGGUAAUGUGGAAAUACAUUUGUACAUUAAUGGAGGAAUGUGUAGAGUAUGUUCUGCAUAUCGUGCAAGCUUUUCACUUCCAAGGUCAGUUUUGCCUUUGUGAGGCAGUAGGGAAUAGGCUAAAUAAUAAUAAUGCUAUUGCAUAUUAGCAAACUAGAUGUGGAAUAUGUAAGAUACUAAAUUUUGGAAUGUUUUAUUUUGCAUUGAAAUAUAUGUGAAUGUUUUCUUAAUUAAAAUGUAACCUGGAAACUCAGUUUCUGGGGAUUGGCUUCACCCAUGGCACUCUUUCUUGUGCUGUAAGUUCUUUCAUGUAUUUUCAUUUAUGAUUUUCUUUUAAUUAUUCUUUGACAUUGAUUUAUGUAGAUAGGGAUAAUUUUUUGUAAUUAUCCAAAAAGUUCUGCCACUGAAUCCAGGAUUCUUGCACACUUCAUGUGUUUGGACUCUGGAAGGGUUGAAAGAGAACGGAUUGGUGAGUAAAUGGAGUGACUUGUACUUGUUGGAUUAUUGUUCUUUUUAUAUGUUCUUCCUUUCAGAAAUGGAUGAAUAAUUAGCUCAAACCUGAGACAGACAACUGGUGACAGGAAAAUAAUAAAUCAGUCUGAUUAGCUUAAACAAGAAA